CACACAUUCUCAUUAUUACAAACAAUAAAAUAAAAAAAUGGAACUUUUCCUUCAUGACAGAAAAAUUGUAUUAUCACAAUUCUUGAUUUUAUGCAUGAUUAUUGUUGUCUCAUGUCGAGGUCCAGUGUAUAAACCUCCAGAAAUCGAAAAAUUAACCGAUCAUUUUAGUCGAUUAUCGGUUAAUCAGAGUUAUAAUGUGUUUUAUGGAGGUUCUAAUAUUCAUAUGACAAAUAAUGGAUCAAGUGCUGAAAUUAUUUUAGAUAAAUCUUCAGGUUCUGGACUAAUCUCUAAAGAGAAAUAUUACUAUGGUUUCUUUAAUGCUGCACUAAAAUUGCCUGCUCAUUUUACAUCAGGAGUUGUAGUUGCCUUUUAUAUGUCAAAUUCAGAUGUGUUUCCACACAACCAUGAUGAAAUAGACUUUGAAUUGCUUGGACAUGAGAAGAGAAGGGAUUGGGUUUUGCAGACAAAUCUUUAUGGAAAUGGAAGUGUUCACACUGGAAGAGAAGAAAAAUUCUACCUAUGGUUUGAUCCAACUUUGGAUUUUCAUGACUAUACCAUCCUUUGGAACAAUCAUCAUAUAGUAUUUCUUGUGGACAAUGUACCAAUAAGAGAAGUGGUUCACAACACAGCAAUCUCUUCAGUUUACCCAUCAAAGCCAAUGUCAAUUAUAGUGACAAUAUGGGAUGGAUCAGAAUGGGCAACACAUGGAGGAAAAUACCCUGUAAACUACAAUUAUGCACCUUUUAUAACAACAAUGAAAGGAAUAGAAUUAGAAGGUUGUAUAAAGCAACAACAAAAUAAUACUAAUUCUUCUUCAAUAUUAACUCCUACAUGUUCUAAGAGAAGUAGUACUUCAAGUUUAGACCCUGUUGAUGGAGAAGGAUUUAUGAAAUUAUCAUCACAACAGAUGGCAGGAUUGGAUUGGGCUAGGAGAAAACAUAUGUUUUACUCAUAUUGUCAAGAUACUAAGAGAUACAAAGUUCUACCACCAGAGUGCAAUGCUACAUAGUCUAUUUGACUAAAAUAAGAUGAUCUAGUGGACAAAGCAUACCGUGUUAGUAAGGACGACUCUUCCCAUAUAGAGGAACAUCUAUUUGACCUAAUUCUUUCUAUGAUGUAAAAAAAUUGUUGAUCCGAGUUCCUAACUUGUUCAAGAAUCUUAGUUAGUGGUAUUCAAAUGAAAGAUUAAUAUUUUUUUCCUUUAUAUUUUUUGAGUUUGCUAGUUAUAUAUAUCAAGUA